CUCAACACCGCCACAUGCGCCCUGCGAUAGGAGACGGCUGCGGUGAUCGAGGAGCAGCUCGCCGGCCGUGUGCUGGUGCACGUACACUGACGGCUCUGUGCUUCGAGACAGCGCGGCUUCGGCGGCCUGCGUUGCCCCCGAGCUCUCGGCACAGAGCCAGUGCCGUGUUCUGUGCGCGGUGUCAUCUACGUAUGCCGAGCUGGCCGCCAUUGACCUGGCCGCGAGCCACUUCCUGUCCAGCGAGCGGCCAUCCUGACGGACUCGCGUGCGCCGCUGGGCAUGCUGGCCAGAGAAGAUCACGGCGCCAUGCUCAUCCGCCGGCUCCAGUGCAAGCUUGACAACGUGUGCGAGCAGGGAUGCGACCUCGUCUUCCAGUGGGUGCCUUCCCACGUUGGCCUGCAGGGAAACGAGGAAGCAGACCGGCUCGCAAAGGAGGCCCAUUCUUUGCCGGUUUCGUUGUCACGGUUCAUGACGCGGUUUGACGUCGCCCGCCACUCCGUGGCCGGCUAUCUGAAGACGCAGCACCCCGACCCUCGCGUCGCCGGCGGCAUGCCCCCCAAGUUGCUGCCCCGCAGGGGCCUGAGCCGGCGAGACUGCGCUCUAAUCCUGCGUCUCCGCAUCGGUUGCUGCUGGACGGCCGAGAGGUUGCAUUGGCUGUCGGGUGAUGGCUUGCCGUCCUGCGACAGGUACGCCGACAUCGAGACGGUUGAGCACGCCCUCCUUCAGUGCCCCGCACGGGCAUCGGAGCGCGGCGCACUUGUCGCGGCAUACCGUCGCCUCGGGCUGCCCGCCGACACCACACAGCAACUCCUGUUCCCGGCUGCACACCCCUCCAUUGCCAAGCACGUCUACUCGGCGUUACUUGACUAUCUCGAGGACGCCAACCUGCGCGCGCGGCUGGGAGGUUCCUUACUGCGGCUGAUGCCACAGGAGCAGGCAGGCCGCCUGGAGAACAUCCUCAGCGGAUACGGACUGUUAUCGGCCGACGACGAGUGCUUCGCCUUUGUGAACGCUUCGUGAACCCUGGGGAAUAACUUGAUCCGGUGCGGCGUCUUGAGGAGCGCUGAGUCACGCGCCAAUGGUGAGCGAGUGCGCAUUGCGGCGCUCGUGGUGGCGCUGCCGUCCACGCCACUCCCCACCCACAUCGUCAACAGCGGGCUUCUCUUCUCAGAUGAAGCCGACCGACCCUCUACCGGCAACGACAAUGGAAGGUCGUGGAAUCGCA